AUGAACAAUAAUAGUAAUAUUUUUAGACCACCUUCUUCUCAUAAAGUGUAAACUCCUUAAUUUGCAAAAGAAUAAUAACAACCUAAAAAUGCGAAAGGAAAUAAUAGAUAAGUUUUUAGAAGUAUUCAAUUUAUAUAAAAAAUAAUAGUCUAGACAUUUAAAUUAAGUCCUAAUUUCAAGAAUAAUCUAAGUUAAAUGCCUUCAACUUAAGAUAGUAAAUGAUAAGUUUAUUAUAGCAUUGGAAUAGAAACUAGCAGAUCAAACUUCAGAAAUAAAAUUACUUUAAAAUCAAAUAGCAGAGUUAAAGAAGUAAAAUGAGUUAUUAGAGUAAAGAUUGAGAAAGGCGAAUUCGGUAAUUCUUAAAAUAAUUUUAGACUGUUUCUGAUUAUUGGAUUAAAGUUAAAGAUACAUAAACUAAACUCCAACAGGUUUCAAACAAAUUUAAAAGUAGUAGAGAUAAGAAAAAAAUGUAUAAGAGAAGAAUAAUAGAUGCUUUAAAUUAUUUUUAUGGUCGAUACACAGAUGCUUAAUGUAUAUGAAAUUAUGAAAAUAGAAUAGAAUACUCCAUUUUUAUAAUUAGAAGAACUAAGAUAAAUAUUAUUACAAUUAGGAAUGCAUGAAUCAAUUGUCUAAGAAAUGCAAUAUUUAAAUUAAUAAGCUCAAAAUUAAUUGAAUGUUAAUAUUGACAAUAUGACAUAUGAAUAAAUCUUAAAUCUAUAAGAAAGAAUUGGGUAAUCAUAUAAUCAAUAUUAUAAGUAAUCAAAAUGUAGGAUUAACAAAAUUAUAAAUAAAAGAAAUUCCAAAAAAAACUAAAGAAGCUAAUGAUAAUGUUGAAGAAAUGUAAAUUAUUAAUUAUAUUUAUAUGAAUAGUUGCACUAUUUGUUAUGAUCAAAUAUUAACUGGAAAUGUAUAUAGAUAACUUUCAUGCAAUCAUAUAUAUCAUUCAAAGUGUAUAAAAGCAUGGCUAUUAAAUCACAAAAAAUGUCCAGUCUGUAAUAUAGAAGUGAUUCUUGGUUCAGAUUAGCAUAAUGACCAUAAUCACUAACAAACAUAAUGA